AUGUCAAGACCUCUCGCACAAGUCACACACUUUUUAUCUGAUGCUGGAUGGCCAAAUGACUACACUCAGACAGAUGCACAUCAGGCCAAUGGUGAACAAGAGACUACAAAUGGGACCAACUUGGUAAAAUACAUUUCAGAUGAAUCGUAUGAUCAGGACUAUAGUCAUUCACCUACCUUUUACGCCCAACACCAACAACCUGCAGGCGCCUCGAAUUUGUCGCCAGCUCCAACAAUCAACCGAACCUAUCCCCGCACUGAAAGGACGUCAAGCGGACAGGUAGUGAUUCUGAUGGGGGAAGAGACGGGACGAGAUGACGACAUAAUUUGUAUCCAGGCCAGUGAAUUGAAUGAUCCAUUCUGGACGCCGUCGCCGGAGGACUUCCGUGAAAAUGGGUCUGAAGUCCAUUUCCCCGCAAGAGGUCGAUGUACAUCAUGUGGUCAAGGCGGGCGGGCUAUCCUCAAAAGGUGUUCUCGCAGUUGUGCUACUCUUGCCCACUCCACUUCCCGCUGGGAAAAGACUGGCCAGUUGUAG